UGUAACAAUAUGGUUAUUAAUAAAAGAUAAAAUUAACAUCUAUAUAAAGUAUAUAGAUAAAAUUUAAUAGCAGAAUUUUUAGUAUCAUUAAUGAUUUUUUAUAAGUUUGUGGAUUAUUUUUCACGUAUUUUCUGAAUAUAACAAUGGACGAAAAAUCUUCAGAUAAUGCCAUUUCUACACAAAAGUCAUUACCACCUUCUUAUGAUCCUGGUUGGAAUGACACGCCAAAAUGGGCAUCCCCAUAUCCAGGAAAUACAAAUACACCUACAAAAAGAAUACUGAACAAAAGAGUUCCAUUUCCCUUAAUUUCUGGGGAAUCAGCAAGAAACAAUACUGAAUAUCAGUCUCAUACUGCAGGCAUGUCAUUACCACCUCCUCCCCCUUUAGAUUUGAAAACAGCACCUCAUGCACCUUUAAUAACUCCUUCUGAUACAAGCACACAACUUACUUCUAUGGAAACAAAACUUGACAAACAACAAGCUCUAGUUGAUACAAUGGCAAAUUUAGAGUUUAUAAUUAAAAAAUAUGUGGUGGAAAGUAAAAUAGAUGAAGUGCAAAAAAGACUAGAUUUAAUGAAAUCUUGUUGGCUUGAUAAUAAAUUAAAUAAUUUUAUACAGCAGAAAAUACUUGACAUUUCAAAGGCUUUAAAAGAAGAAGAUGUUGAUAAAGCAGACAAACUUCAUAUUGCAUUGAUGAUAGAUCACACCAGUUUGUGUAGUGCUUGGAUACCUAGUAUUAGGCACAUAAUUUCAGCUUUAAAAGAAAAAAAAUUAUGCUCCAAUGAUGUAUAAAUAUAUGGAAUAUAAAUCUACGAUAAACUA